CAUUGAUGGAAUAGAUACAGAUGGAUGGAUGGGUACAUUGAUGGAUGGAUGGAUACACAAGUACAUAUACAUAUCCUGACCAGCGGCGGACUGACAACUCAUGGGGCCCCCGGGCAAUAGGGGAUCAUGGGGCCCCUGUGUCCUUGCCCAAACUCAAAAAAGCCUAUGAAAAAGGUACCAGGGGCAUCUCAUGGGGCCCCCUACUGACCCCGGGCCCUCGGGCAGUGCCUGAGUUUCCAAAUGGUCAGUCCGCCCCU